AUGCAGGAGGGUCACCCUUUGGCCUACAUCAGUCGACACUUGAAAGGGAAGCAACUGUUUCUCUCCAUCUAUGAAAAAGAGUUAUUGGCUGUUGUCUUUGCUGUUCAAAAGUGGCGCCAUUACCUUCUUACAAGCCACUUUGUGAUCAAGACAGAUCAAAGAAGCUUAAAAUACCUUUUGGAGCAACGCUUGAAUACUCCAAUUCAACAACAAUGGCUUCCUAAACUGCUGGAAUUUGAUUACGAAAUUCAGUACAAACAAGGGAAAGAAAAUUUGGUUGCUGAUGCCUUAUCGCGGGUUGAAGGAGCAGAGAUACUCAACAUGGCUAUGUCUGUUCUUGAGUGUGAUUUUAUUCAACAGAUUCAGGCUGGUUAUGAUUCGGAUAUCGAGCUACAAGAGUUAAUUGGUGAACUAAAGCUCAAACCGCAAGCUAGAAAACACUACUCUUGGUCACAAAAUAUCGUAAGGCGAAAGAGCAAGAUCGUUGUUCCUCAUACUCCUCUUCUACGAGGUAAAAUUUUGGAUUGGUUACAUAGUUCUGGGAGUGGUGGACAUUCUGGACGAUGUGAUGAUAGGAUUUGUGUGUGGGUGUGA